AUGACCCCCGCGAAACCACCCCUCCUAACCCUCUCCAACGUCCCUUCCUGGUUCGACGCCAAUCCAUUCAUCCACACAGGCUACCGACCAGAAAGCCAAUCCUGGAGAAAAUCACUAGCCAGCUGGCUCUACAUCCACAAUGAAACCGGCAACAUCUUUUCCCACCUGAUCCCAGGUAUAUCACUGCUACUCACACUUCUACUCGGACUGCCCGCAAGCACAAGCACAGACACGGAUCCCAAAGCGACAAACCCCACACCGAAACAAGAAGAACAGGACCGUACAAACAACAUCGUGAUAACAGUACAGCUGUGCGCCGCGAUCCUGUGUCUGCUCACCUCGGCACUGUAUCACACGGGACUGAACCAUUCCGCGCGAGUCGCACAUCAAGCACUGCAGUGCGACCACGGGGGGAUUCUAAUGCUGAUUCUGGGGAAUUUCGUCAGCGGGUUGCAUUUCGGGUUUUAUUGUGCGCCUGCCUUGAAGAAUUUAUAUUGGUCUCUUAUUGUCGCAAGUAGCACCGGUACAGGGAUAUGUUUGCUGAGCCCGUGGUUCCGGGGCUCCCAAUGGCGGUUCGUGCGUCUAUCCAGCUGUAUCGCGACGGGGUUGUUUGCGUUUGCGCCAAUUAGCCAUGCUGGCUAUCUUUGGGGACCUGGGUAUCUUAUGCGAGUUGGAGUUCCGUAUUACUUGCUCGAGGGCGCAUUGCUGCUGUUUGGAUGUUAUUUGUUCCAGACACGCAUUCCCGAGUCAUUAUACCCCGGUCGGUUCGAUAUCUGGGGUCACUCGCACACGCUCUGGCAUGUUCUGGUGGCAUUGUCGAUUGUCGCUCAUAUGGGCGGGCUGCUGAGUGCACGAGAAUACAACGAUCAGCAUGCGCCGUGCCGAGUAUUCUAG